AUGUCAUUGCACAACCGCUCCCUGAACCUGAGCAAGGGCCAGCACCCACAGCUCCAACGCUCCAGCGCAGUGAAGUACGAAAACCUCCAGGCGCGCAGACAGGCUCUCGAAGAAGCCAACAUCAAGAAGCUACUGAUACCAAGCCAGGAACCCGAGCGGGAAGCCGAACCUGAACCUACACCACCCAGCCCUACCUGCGGCCUCCGACGAUCCAGCGCAGUCAAGUAUAGCAUAAACCCACUAACGCGGCGCCACACACAGCCGCAGCUGUCUUCCCAGGAUGUCCGUGAUUUCUCAUCCUCGCCAACGGACUCAUCCGAUAGCUGGGACGCACCCAGCAUGCUAACGCGGGCCAGCACGCUCUCGCCGUCCGCAGGCGACCACCUAACCGACCGAACCCUGCGCGACAUGGAGCUCCCCCACACGCUGCACGAGAUGGUCGAUAACGGCGUCUCAUGCACGGAGAUGGGGCGGUACAUCGUGAACACGGUGCCCCAGCGCGACUCGUUCUACGCCGAGCUCGUGAACCUGCUCGUGGGCGCGAACAAGCCGUACUACGAGAUCUGCGUGCGUAUGUUCCAGGCAAUGAACCUGACCACUGAAGAGGGACACCGUCUUGACACGGAGGCCCCAGUGGGCGAUCUGGACAUGCGGCCUGACCUUGGCCGGCCGAUACAGGGGUGUGUUGUUGAUGGGCCUGGGUACCUUCCUGCUGACCAUAGGCUCUAUCCUGUCCUUGGGGAGGUAGCGCUUUAUCCCUUUGAGUACGGGGACCUCAAUGAGCCUGUUGAACAUGUUGCUAAUGUUGCGGUAGUGACGGGGAAGGCGCGCUUGGUGGAGAUUGAACGUCUUCAUGCGCCGAAGUCGGUGCAUGGGAGUCUUCGUCAUGUUGAUGAUGAGUCGUGUCCCGGUUAA